AAUCGAAAACAUAACAAUUUUUCAAUGGAGCAAAACCCUAAAACCCAGAAGAAGUCAUGGCGAUACACAUGGGAAGCUCAAUCUCAUUCUCCGAAUCUUCGUCUCUUUCUUUUCGAUUCCACAACCAACCCUAAGACCCACUGCAAAAACCUCAAUGUUUCAACCAUCCUCGGAAAAUCUCAACUUCUCGUCACAUGGACCAAUGACGACGAAGACGAAGAAGAAGCCACAAGCAAAGAAGAGAUUGUUUCUCUUCGUGUUCCUAUCCCUAGGGUUUUGCUCGAUGCUGAAUCCCCUGUAAAUUUCAAAGCUUUAGAGGAUCACAUCGAGGUUAGACUUGUUCUGUUACUUCCUGUUGAUCAUCCUCUAGUCUCAGACUUGAAUUUGGUGAUUGAUUCUAGAGAAAAGUCGAAGCCUUUAGCGAUGGGUUAUGAUCUCAAGACUCUAUCUUUAAUGGGAGGAGUUCAUAUUUACUGUAGAAACUGCUCAAAUAGGUUAACAAAGAAGGAACUUUCCGAUUUCUCUGAAAUGCCGUCUAUUAAUUGGCGUGAAUCUGCUGAUAACUGGUUUGGUACUUGUUGUUGUUCGUUUGGUGGGAUUAGUGAGAAGAUGGUAGUUAAGUACACGAACUCGUAUACUUGCUCUAGCGGGUUGUGUUUGCUUAGUGCUACUACUGUUUUGCUUAGUAAAGAUGAUCUUGUAGCGUGUAGUAUCUUGUCUAAUGGAAUUGAAAACCAAACUGAAUCGAGUUUAGCUCUGAGUUUUGAUGUUGGUGGAGGUGAACCGGGUUCUAGAAGUAGUCAAGAUGAUCUUGUAGAGUGUAUCUUGUCUGAUGGAAUUGAAAACCAAAUUGAAUCCAGUUUAGCUCUGAGUUUUGAUGUUGGUGGAGGUGAACCGGGUUCUAGAAUUAGUGAAGACAUUUCUGAUGAGAGCCAUGAGAAUGGAGGUGAGAGUGUUUGUGGUAAAGUUGAUGACUUGAUGCUGGGUUGUAAAGAUAAGGCAUCAAUAGCUGGGUGCUGUGUACAUGACACACAUGAUUCUAAUGAGAGUUUUCAGUUGGAGCAGCAGCUUACACUUGAUAAGAAGUUGCUUCUUGAUGGGUUUCUUGAGGAUGUUUUUAUGGCGAAAGCAUCGAAUGUGUCGAAGAAUGUUGACUGGAUUGAAUUCGCUUGCCCUGAGUGUUCAUCUCCUCUUGGAGCCUAUCCUUCUGGUGUUGGGAGCAACGGUAAACCCAUAGAUGGUGGAGUUAGACUCUUCAAAUGCUAUAUUUCUACAUCAUCCGCCGCCGGUGAAUCCUCUGAUGUUUUCAGCAAAUACACUUUGGAAAGAAUGUUUACCAAUCAGCUAGUGGAAUGUGCCAAAGAAGAGUUGUCAUUUCAUGUUUUGGUCAAAGAUCUGACAACUAAAUCGCCUCUGUUCAACAUCGUUAUCCUGAACCCAAACUCUUGGUCCUCCACUGGUCUUUGCUCGAACCGAGACGAACCCGUUUCUACAUUAGAGUUAAGCCCUGUUGUGAAGGUUCUGUUUUCGGAUUGCAAGAGCUCGGUAGUGAAGAAGAUUGAUGAAGAAGUCUACAUUUUGAAGGGACAAGGAGAGGAGUUGAUAGAGUUGAUAACAAAUGCGAGCAAAUGUCUUCCAUCUUCAUGUUCAUAUCUUCAAGGCUCACACGUCUCAUCGAUGCAUCUAUGAUGAUAAUGAGAAUUUGUUUUUCACUUUUUUCAGAGUUUUGCUUUUGGUUUUCCUCCAACUUGAUACGGCCACGCUUGUUUGUUUGAUACCAUAUAAAUUGUUUUAUCCCGCUUAAACGCUUGAAAUCGUUCUAAUUCAAAGUUUGAUUCUCUCGA